AUGUUUUUGUUUCUUUAUAACCUGUUUUUCUACCCGUUUCCCAUCCUUGUUCUUAUCCUGACAUUUCCAAUUUCCUGGUCAUUUUAUCUCCCUGAAUCCAACCCAAUCUUUGCAUUCAGUAAUCAGCACAGAGAGGUCCAUCUCUAUACAGAAAAUCACAGGCAUGGGCUGUAUUUGCAGAUAAACCUGGAUGGGAGAGUGACUGGAAGUGAUGCUCAGACCCCAUAUAGUGUGUUGCAGUUAAAAUCAGUUAAACAGGGCCAUGUUGUCAUAAAGGGACAUUCAUCAUCCAUGUUUCUCUGCAUGGAUAGCAUGGGAAAUCUAAGGGGGCAGAGAGCAUAUGAGGAAGCAGACUGCUCCUUCAGAGAACUCCUGCUGGCUGAUGGCUACACCCGUUUCCUUAACUCACACAAUGGGAUCCCUUUAUCCUUGGCAGCUAGAAAUUCUCCUGAUCGACACUCAGUUCCUUUCACAAGAUUCCUACCUCUAAGGAAUACUUUACCAAUGGAGAAUGUUUCUGAGGAAUCAACAAAAGCUCAGAGGAACUUCAACAUAGACUCUGAAGACCUUUUUGGGAUAGGACAGGACACAAUGGUCAGUCCUCAGCAAUUUAUGGAUAAGUAAAAUUUGACUGCAAAAAGAAAAAUUAGGGUUGUUUGGGAUUUUAACUUUGACA